UUUGGAUCAAGCGGGGGACCGAGUUCGUGUGGAGAUACGCUCAAGAGGACCGGGGAAACUUUUUAUUUUUUAAAAGUUACUUCAACAUCCAUGACAUUUACCAGUGGCUGACACUCAGACUGUGCCGUCCUCCAUACCUACUCCCUACACUUCCUCCUUCAAAGGGGCUCGACAGAAAGGAUUCCAGGAAUCUUGCCAUGUUCAAAGCAGUGCUGAAGAAGAACAGGGAUGGAGGCAAGGGGAGCAAGAAGGAUUCAGGUGAGCUUCACAGCCAUAGUGCCCAAAGAAGAUUCUCGCCGGAGGGAAACCUUCAGCCCCAGGGGCCUGGCAGUGGCCUCCCGAAUGCCCAAGAUGAUGUUUUCAGGUUAAGCCUUGCUAAGGGAGUGUCCAUGUCGCUCCCCUCCUCACCUCUGCUGCCGCGGCAGUCCUAUAUGAUGCCCCUACGCCCUAACAAGAGAUCACCAGGUCCAAUCAGGAAGCCCAAGUAUGUAGAGAGUCCUCGCGUUCCUUCUGAUGCCAUCGUGUCAGCGCUGAGGAAGGUGGCCGACAACAAGGAGCCCUCCCGCAAUGAGCUGCAAGCGGAGAAACAGCCAAGCUCCUCCUCCCCUGCCACUCAGGAACUGAUGACAAGGCUGGGCUUUUUACUGGGAGAAGGGAUCCCGGGUACGGCACGCAUACCUAUGGACGACAAGAAUGAAAAGAAGUGUUCUCUGACUAGCCAGGGCAUCAGCCCCUGCUCCACACUGACAAGCAGCACGGCGUCUCCCAGCACUGACAGCCCAUGUUCCACCCUCAACAGCACGACGAGCCGUCCCCCUCUCAGCCGCUCCAGCCCCUGUGGGACUAUCACCAGCCCCAGUUCCACACUUGAGAGCAAGGACAGUGGGAUCAUAGCCACCAUUACUAGUUCUUCAGAAAAUGACGACCGCAGUGGCUCCAGCCUGGAGUGGAGUAAAGAUGGCAGCCUAAGAGGCAGCGGGCGCCAUGGCCUGGCACAGAGUGUGCGGGCUGACACCUGCUCUCCCGUGGCUGAGGAAGACUCUGGCAGUGCCACGGCAACACCAGCCGACACCCCAUCCAGGACAGACCACCAGCAGCAGCAGCAGCAGGCCAACGUAUCUGCAGGAGCACCAGGGCCACCACAGCCUCCAAGUCACACACCUGAGGGACCCAUUCCAUACCCACCACAGACAUCAUCCUCCCUCAUGAUGCCGAGGCCAAACUCUGUAGCAGCGACCAGUUCCACUAAGCUGGAAGACCUCAGCUUUCUUGAUGAACAACGUAACACCCCCCUGCGGACAUCCAUUCGCCUGCCGUGGCACAAUACAGGAGGAAGACCACCUCAGGACUCCAAAGCACGCUUUGCGCCCUACAAACCUGUGGACAUCAUGCUCAAGCCUUUGUUGUUUGAGGUUCCCAGCAUCACCACAGACUCGGUGUUCGUGGGUCGAGAUUGGCUCUUUCAGCAGCUGGAAGACGUCCUCAAGGCCAGCGAGUCCGCCGAGAACCACGGCGCCGUAGUGGUGGGCAGCGUGGGUUAUGGAAAGACGGCCAUUAUUUCCCGCCUUGUAGCACUGAGCUGCCACGGAGGACGUAUGCGCCAGAUUGCCUCCAACAGCCCCAGUGCCUCCCCUAAAAGUGCUGCGGGACCAAACGCAGAACUUCCUCUGAGCCAGCCCCCACAGCCCACUCCGCCAUCCAGUGCUACCAACACACUGAGGACCAACAGCUGCCCAGGAACCCCCGAGAUGCAGCGACGCAGGGAGGAGGCUGUCAAACGUCUGGCUGCAAAGGUGGUGGCGUAUCAUUAUUGCCAGGCAGACAACACAUACACUUGCUUGGUACCAGAGUUUGUACAUAGUAUCGCAGCCCUGCUGUGCAGAGCACAUCAACUCAGUGCAUACCGAGAGCUGCUGCUGAAAGAACCCCACCUCCAGAGCAUGCUCAGUCUGCGCUCCUGUGUCCAGGACCCUAUGGCUGCUUUCCGGAGGGGAGUCCUGGAGCCAUUAGCCAACCUUCGUAAAGAGCGGAGAAUUCCAGAGGAGGACCACAUUAUCUUGAUAGAUGGGCUGAAUGAAGCAGAGUUCCAUAAGCCUGACUACGGAGACACCAUCGCUUCCUUCAUCACUAAGAUCAUUACCAAGUUCCCCUCCUGGCUCAAACUGGUGGUCACUGUCCGGGUAAACUUGCUGGAGAUCACCAGCCUUUUGCCCUUCUCGAAGAUCUCCCUGGAUGACUUUUCCGACAACAAAGAGAUAAGCAAUGACCUCAAUGCAUACAUCCAGUACCGUAUCAAUGGCAGCAAAGACAUCAUGAACAAUAUAAGCCUAAAUGGCAAGGCCGAUCCUCUCACCGUUGGCAAGCUCAGUAGCCACCUGAUCUCACGCAGCCAGGGCUCCUACCUGUAUCUCAAACUCACCCUGGAUCUGUUCGAGAGGGGCCACCUGGUGAUCAAAAGUGCGAGCUACAAAGUCGUGCCCGUUUCCCUGGCUGAACUGUACCAGUUACAGUGCAACAUGAAAUUUAUGACCAAUUCGGCCUUUGAGCGCUCACUGCCCAUCCUCAAUGUUGCACUUGCUUCACUGCACCCUCUGACUGAUGAGCAGCUGUUCCAGGCCAUCAACGCCGGCUUCAUCCAAGGGGAGCUGCCAUGGGAGGACUUUCAACAACGCAUGGAGCUGCUCUCGUGCUUCCUCAUCAAACGGCGGGACAAGACACGCAUGUUUUGCCACCCCUCCUUCAGAGAGUGGCUGGUGUGGAGAGCCGAUGGAGAGAGUACGGACUUCCUCUGUGACCCCAGGACCGGCCAUGCUCUCAUGGCUUUUAUGUUGUCCCGCCAAGAGGGGAAACUAAAUCGUCAGCAGACAAUGGAGCUGGGACACCACAUCCUCAAAGCACACAUCUUCAAGGGCCUGAGUAAGAAAACAGGUGUGUCAUCCAGCGUGCUGCAGGCUUUGUGGAUUAGCUGCAGUGCCGAUGGCCUUUCUGCAGCCUUGGCCUCCCUUAGAAAUCUCUACACACCCAACGUCAAGGUAAGCCGUCUGUUGAUGCUGGGAGGAGCAAACGUGAAUUACCGCACAGAAGUCCUGAACAACGCGCCGGUGCUUUGCGUCCAGUGUCACCUUGGUCAUCAGGAAAUUGCCUCGUUGCUGCUCGAGUUUGGCGCCAGUGUAGAUGUUGUGUCCGAAAAUGGGAUGAACCCGCUGUGCUUCUCAGCAGCUGCAGGACACCUGGGACUAGUCAUGCUGCUCUGCAAGAGGGGGGCCAAGGUUGACCAUGUAGAUAAGAGUGGCCAGUGUGCUCUGAUCCAUGCCGCACUACGAGGACACCCUGAGAUUAUUCAGUUUCUGCUGGAGCUAGAAUGGAGUGCUGAGGGGCAGCAGCAGGACUGCUCUCUGAAGAACAAAGCUCUGCAGCAGGCUUUGAUUGCAGCCUCAAGCAUGGGACACACACAGGUUGUGAGGGGCUUGCUGGCGUUGAAUAAUGACCAUGCUGUGCAAAUUGAUAGUCAUGACACUCUGUGGGGAGAGACAGGUAUGUUCUCAUCAAUCUUUUUGCAUUACAUGACUCCUUUGUAUUAUCGCCUGCUGUUUUAGCAUUCUGGACCACACCGUUGUAAUUGAAUGCUGCAGUGGAAAGUCCUGUAUCUUUGCUCUGCACAGCGAUGCUCUUUGCUGGAUGCAGAGGUCACUCAGCCCAAAUGUGUGUGCAUGUUUUUAUGUAAGUUCUCUUGUUCUGUACUUUCUGGUAAAAGCAUUACAUAUUGUUGUCAUGUGGGAUUGCAAUCACAGGUUGGUCAGCACAGCAUUUCCUUUGAGCUGUUGCCGCUGGAUUUCAGCAACAGUAUUCCCCUGGUGCUUAUAUGUUAAGACACUACCAGCAGUUUGGGCUCCAGCGUCUGCUUUAUACAUUUCUAGUUACUUUCAGGUGUACUGAAAAAUAACU